AUGCUUAUUGUGUUGUUUGUAGCUUCGCUAAUCACAGGAGUGAAUUGUCAAUCAUUGGUAUCUUAUGGUGAUCGAAAUUUACAAUGUUACUCAUGUAGUGAUUGUCCGGAACCAUUCUUUUACGUUCCUACACAGGUUACAAUAACACCACCAGAUGUUGGUCAAUGCAUGAAAACGGUAGUGACUGUGGCUGGAUCAAAUCGUCUCCUUGUGAAACAUUUACAGUUUGAAAUUGUCAAUGAUGUUCACAACGGAUAG